CGUUGUUGUGUUUUACCCGUGAGGAACAUACUAAAGUAGUUAAGUGUUUUUCAAUGUGCUAGUUUACUUCCGCACGCUAUUUACGCAUCUAUCUACUUAACCGUACAUUCAUUAGUGAUAGUAGUUAGGCUUUGGCACAGAUUAGACUUCUAUGAUCGUUUAAGUUAUUAAUAGCGGCUCCCUGGUUGAUCUCCGCACUAUGGAAGACAUGGAGAGCGUCGAUGUUGAACUCGCCGACGAGACGGAGAAAGUUGGUUCGGCCUCUGAAGGCGGCAAGGCGGUCGGGGAUAUUCUUGUCGAUGCGAGAGUUAAGAGGAAGGCCAAAAGAAUCAUCAAGCAGUUGUCGAAGGAAAGUGUUCAGACCGGGCCUAACGUUGUGCAGGUGACAAGGAAAUGGAAGAACAGCAGGAGACCAAGGAAUGGAUACCGAGGUAUCAAGAAAGGGAAUGCAGCUGGUGGCACCGGAGCCUGGGGCUGCAAGCUAGGAUCUGAAAUGGACGAGGAUAUUGUCGAUGAGAAGGACCCUAACUAUGACAGCGAUUCCUUUGAAAAUGGGGAUAUUCAACUGCAGCCCAUCAUUCCGGAAGCAUCCGAUGAAGAGCUACGGAAGGUUCUUGAGCCUCUGAUUUUGGAGUAUUACGAACAUGGAGACCCGGAGGAAGUAAUUCUCUGUUUAGAAGACGUGAACUGUAUGACCAAGAAGCACAUGAUACCCCAAAUAGCAAUAGAAAUCGCUCUCGACCACAAACCCUCUCAAAGAGAGAUGACUUCGGUCUUGAUCUCGGACCUUUACGGUCGCGUUAUAAAGCAACGAGACAUUGCUAACGCUUUUGACUUAUUACUUAAGAAUUUGCCUGACCUCAUCUUAGACACUCCUGAUGCACCCACGGUUUUGGGUAAUUUCCUUGCCCGUGCCAUUGCGGACGACUGCUUGCCUCCAAAAAUCAUUCAAGUUUUCAAAGAGAAAACUGAGUGCGACUAUGCCAGGCAAGCUGUCUCACGUGCUGAUACUCUGCUCUCAAUGAAACAUGGCCUGGUGCGCUUGGACAAUGUUUGGGGUGUAGGUGGCGGUUUGAGGCCAGUCAAGUACCUGAUUCGCCAAGUGCGCCUCCUCCUCCAAGAGUAUUUAAGCAGCGGUGACAUCCAAGAAGCAACCAGAUGUCUUCUAGAGUUGGAAGUACCUCAUUUCCAUCAUGAACUUGUUUAUGAGGCUGUUGUCAUGACUCUCGAAGCAAUUAAUAGCAACGUCGAAGAAGCAAUGGUGAAAUUGUUGAAAUCUCUCUCAGAUGCUAUCAUCAUUACACCAGACAUGAUGGAAGUUGGUUUUACCAGAGUAUUCGAAGACAUGCCAGACAUUAUUGUCGACGUACCAUUGGCCUCAACUGUUUUGGAGAGAUUUGUGGAGCAAUGUGAGAAGCAUGAUGUUAUUACCAGUAAUGUCGUGGCCAAGAUGCCGAUCAGAGCUCGCAAGCGAUUCGUUUCGGAAGGAGAUGGUGGCCGUUUGAAGUGAAUGAUGUUUCAUCAUAUUUUACCACUUACUCUUUUUAUUCAAUCACUUGCUGAUUGAAAGUCGUUAAUUUAUACUAAACGGAAGAAAGUAUUACAGGUAUCAGUGUCAUUAAUGGAUGAAUUUAAGUUCUGUCGUAGCUGUUUGGAUUCUUUUAGGUCUUUAUUUUUCUAUUUUUUAUAUUGUUAGUUAUUUUAAAUUUAUUGCUUAGGUAUUUAGCCCUCUGCAGUCCUACUUGUCCUGUUUUCAAAUGUAUUUAUUUAUGAAGUAUUUGUCGUCAAAAGAAUUUAGAGUUUGCUCCAACCGCACCCGUGAUAUAAAUUCAUUAACUUAAUAUUUAUACUUAGCAUCUCUUUGUAAUAUUAGUAUGCUAACUUGCAUUCAAUAAAGUUUAUUCUUUAAAAAUA